GAAGAAAUUAUCUGCAAUAACUCACGUAAAAACGUAAAAUAAAAUGAUGAAACAAAAAACAAACCGAAACCAUAAACAUUUAAAAGUUAAAGAGGACAAACAAUAUCUCCUUUUAUAAUAUACUUAUACUUUAAUUUCUGAUUAAUUAGAUAAUCCUACAGUAUUACUAGUGCUGUUUUUAUAUUUCUAUUAUUCUAGUAUCUACAUUUUAUUAUUUGGCUUAUUAAGACUAUUAUUGAUUCUAAUCCACAUUAUCCUGUAAAUUAUCUAGAAGUAAAUAAAUGGAAGUAAAACAAGAAGAAAAGAUUAAAGUUGAAAGAGAUGAUGUAGACACUGUUAUUAAAUAUGAAAUUAAAGAAGAAUUACUUGAUAUUCAUGAUCAGCAAUAUGAUAUAAAACACAGUUUGGACCAUAGUAAUGAUCUAAAUGAGGUACACCCUAAAGUUAUAAAAUGGGAACAAAAUCAAAUAAAUACCAAAAUAGAUAUCGAAGAUGUAAAAUAUGACAUUGAUAAGGACACAUCAUCAAAUCAUAACAGUGAACCAGACUUUCUUGAAGAGGAGAACAAUUCGGAUACUACAAAAAGAAUACAUGUUAGCACAUGUAAUAAAGAACAAAAUAAGAGCUGCUGUGUUCAAGAAAAAACACUAAAAAGUGAAACUUUGGAUGAACAUUUAAGAAUUUACACUGGACAAAAACCUUGCAAGUGUGAUAUUUGUUCUAAGCAGUUUUAUCAGAAAGAUGAUUUGGAGAUACAUUUGAACAAUCACAUUGGAGAAAAAUCUUUAGAAUGUGAAACCUGUUUUAGGCAUUAUACUAAAGGAAGUAGUUUGAACAGACUUGUGAGAUUGCACACUGGAGAAAAGCCUUAUAAGUGUAAUAUUUGUUUAAAACAGUUUUCUCAGAAAGUUAAUUUGGAUGUACAUUUGAGAAUACACACUGGAGAAAGACCUUAUAAGUGUGAAAUUUGUUUUAAGCAGUUUGCUUAUAAAAAUUCUUUGGAUGUGCAUAUGACAGUUCACACUGGUGAAAAACCUUACAAGUGCAAAAUUUGUGCUAAGCAGUUUAGUGAUGCGAGAAAUUUAAGAAGACAUUUGACAUUGCACUCUAGAGAAAAACGUUAUAAAUGUGAAAUUUGUUUAAAACAGUUUAUGCUACAAACCUAUUUGAAUCAACAUACAAAAGUUCACACUGGAGUAAAGUCUUAUAAGUGUGAAAUCUGUUUUAAGCAGUUUUCCCACAAAAGUAGCUUGGAGAAACAUUUGAGAACUCACACUGGAGAAAAACCAGCCACUUGUGAUAUUUGUUUUAAGCAGUUUUCUCAGAGAGGUAAUUUGGAGAGACAUUUAAACACUCACAUUGGAGAAAAACCUUAUAAGUGUGAAAUUUGUUUUAAACAUUAUACUGAAGCAAGUAGUUUGAAAAGACAUGUAAGAUUGCACACUGAGAAAAAACCUCACAAGUGUGAAAUUUGUUUUAAGCAGUUUAGAGAAGAAGAUCAUUUGGAAACACAUAGGAAAGUACACACUGGACAAAAACCUUUCAAGUGUGCAAUUUGUUAUAAGCAGUUUACUCAUAAAAGUAUUUUGGAUGAACAUACUAAAGUUCACACUGGUCAAAAACCUUACAACUGUGAUAUUUGUUUCAAGCAAUUUUCUCAGAAAGGUAAUUUGGAAAGACAUUUGAACACUCACAUUGGAGAACAAUGUUACAAGUGUGAAAUUUGUUUUAGACAUUAUACAGAAGCAAGUAGUUUAAAAAGACAUGUGAGAUUGCACACUGGAGAGAAACCUUACAAGUGUGAAAUUUGUUUAAAGCAGUUUAUGCGAAAAACCUAUUUGGAUGACCACACAAAAGUUCACACUGGAGAAAAGCCUUAUAAGUGUGAAAUUUGUUUUAAACAGUUUUCUCAGCAAAGUUACUUUAAAAUGCAUUUGUUGAUACACUCUGGAGAAAAAUCAUAUAAAUGUAAUAUUUGUUCUAAGCAGUUUUCCCGGAAUGGUAAUUUGGAGAGGCAUUUGAGAAUUCAUACUGAAAAAAAGUCCUAG